GGCGGCUGAGCGGGCUGUGGGGGUAGGAAGCUAGAUUAGUAGCAAGACGUGAGGCUAGAACCCCGAGCGUGGUCGGUUGGAGCAGCUAUGUCUGCCCGGAGGCACAUUGGGAAUCCUGAGUACCUGACCAGACGGAUACCACAGAACCCAAGGUAUCAACAUAUCAAGUCAAGACUGGAUACUGGUAACAGUAUGACCAAAUACAUUGAGAAGCUAGAAGAGAUUAAAAAAAAUUAUAGAUACAAGAAAGAUGAACUUUUCAAGAGACUAAAAGUUACCACCUUUGCCCAGCUGGUCAUUCAAGUUGCUUCCCUGUCAGAUCAAACACUGGAAGUGACAGCUGAGGAGAUUCAAAGGCUUGAAGACAAUGAUUCUACAACUUCAGAGGCUGAUGCUGAAAUUGCUGCCAAGACCAAUGGGAAAGGGAGCCCUGGGGAGCAGUCACCCAGUCCUGUCCAGUUCAUCAACAGCACUGGAGCAGGGGACUCCAGUCGCUCCACUCUCCAGAGCGUCAUCAGUGGCGUUGGGGAACUGGAUGUAGACAAAGGGCUAGUAAAAAAAGAAGAGCCCAGUGGUAAAGACAAGCCUUAUCCGGACUGCCCCUUCCUGCUGCUAGACGUGCGUGACAGAGACUCUUAUCAGCAGUGCCACAUUGUCGGGGCUUACAGUUACCCAAUUGCAACUCUGUCCAGGACAAUGAACCCCUAUUCAAAUGAUAUACUUGAGUAUAAAAAUGCUCACGGCAAGAUCAUCAUUAUGUACGACGACGACGAGAGGCUGGCAAGCCAGGCGGCCACCACCAUGUGUGAGCGCGGCUUUGAAAACCUCUUCAUGCUCUCUGGGGGUCUGAAAGUCUUAGCUCAGAAAUUCCCAGAAGGACUGGUCACUGGUUCCCUGCCAGCUUCUUGCCAGCAGGCCCUCCCUCUUGGUUCUGCCCGGAAGCGAUCCAGCCCCAAAAUGCCACCCCUGCCAGCUGAGAACAAGUGGAGAUUUACCCCAGAAGACUUAAAAAAGAUAGAAUGUUAUCUGGAAGCGGACCAGGGGCUGACAGGCAAUCACAGCCGAAUGAACCAGAAUAACUCUGCCGGAAGAGACUUGAAGGUGCCUGCUAGCCGCAGUGGGCAGAACCUGCCUACCGGGGGUCCUGCUAGCCACUCAAACCCCCGCACACUCAACAGUGGUCACCUGCAAGGCAAACCCUGGAAGUGAAGACCUUGUGCCGUUUAGUCAAAUAAAUGUCCCCUCCUUUUGGAACCCCCAGCACUCCCAACUUGGUCAUUUCAGAACUGCUAUAGAGAAAAGCCACACUACCUGGGCCAGCCAGGCCCACCCCUUCCUGUCUGCAGCUGUCACUUCCUUCACUCAGGAAGGGUUUUGACAGAUGACCACAAAAACCAGAGGCUUGACCGGCUCUAGUGCCCUCCCCAUUGUUUACAGGAUAUUCAUGUCUUUUGAAAUUGAAUAGGAAAAAAGAAAGAUACUGUCUGUUAAAUAAGGUCCAGCCUGUUUGGUCUGUAAGCAGUGUUGUUUUGUAAAUAAUUUAGUCACAUCUGCUGGCGUGUUCUUCCAGGCCAGCUUUUUCAUUCUCUGUUGAUUUCAUGAAAGAUUCUCCAGGUGGGCCUGCCAUUGGCGCCUGUGCAGAUGAGUUUUGGUCCCUGCAGCCCACAGGCUCCACACUGGGCCAGGUGGCUGGAUGAGUCACUUAGUCUACAUGCUGCAGGCUCUGUGCCCUGCAGGCUCUGUGUGUGUGCUGCAGGCUCUGCUGGGAAUUUGAGCCUGAGGGGUCUGUGAGCAAGGUUCCAUCUUUCUGGUUUAUCAGAGAGGCUCUGUGCAAAAUGAUCCCCUUGUUAAAUGGUUUCUGAGACCAGGAAGGUAUGGGCUCAGUUGUCCUCACACCAGAAGGAGGGCCGAGAGCAUGAAGGUCCCAGCAUCCUACAGGUCUGUGCUAAGAGCCCUGGAAGGCCACCACAGCUGCCCCCUCCAUUGUGAGCCUUAUUUCAAUUAAAAUUUCCCAUUGUCUAAUUUGAGUCCAGCUGUGUUAGAUGGAUAGCAAUCACAGUCAUUUGAGAGCUUCAGCUCCUCUCAGACAAGGGGAACACACAGGUGAGGAGGACGCAGGAGUCCUUUGUCAGAGCUGACAACCCCUCAAGGCCUUGCUUAAAAAUACAGUAUUAGUCUAAUUGAGUAAUUAGUGCAAUUUCCUGCUUGCUUUUCAUUCUCACGACUGAGCUGUGAUUAGGAGGCUGUGAUUAGAGAUUCUGGUUUUGGCCGGAAUUUUGAAUUGGCAUUAAUUGAAUUGCUAGAUGACUGACAUCCAUUCUCUUUAAUUGCGGGAACAAAAGACCUCAGGUAAGGAUGAGGCGCAUGAAGUCACGGGGAAGAAGAGCCCUGUUAAUUUUUAUGGUCUGUGAUCGGAGCUGUGAUAAGGGACUAAGGAAUAAAUUGUGCUCUUUGUCAUGGCAACCAGCUUCUGAAAAGCCAACUGAAAAUUGCCUAUGCUUAGGUGGUUACUGCUGCUGGGUAAGAUUUGCCUUAACAGUACUAUUUUCUAACCACUAAAGAAAAAAAAAGGAAAAAGGAAAAGAGAAAAAGGCCCACAGUAUUUCUAGCAUGAGGGCUGUGUUUGUAAGAGAAAUAAACGUAAUAAAUAUCUCAUGGAGACAUAUGGAAAAAUAACUCAGUCAACCCAGCUCUGUUUCAGAAUGUGUUUAUUCUUCUCUACUUGAUUUCCAAAGUGCAACGUUUUCCAAUGCUUUAGAAAUCAAACAAACCAGGGACAUUGUUCAGAUGUCAAGCCGUGCCCAAUUUUCCACAAGAUUCGAGAAUCUUGUACAAAACUCAGCCAACGUACACAUAGCUUUAAUAAGAAGCCUGUCAUGUUUCCUCAUAAAUUUAUUGCCUGAGAACUUAGGUCAGCCUUUUGCUAAUGCCAAAAUGCACUAGCUUUUUAUUUUCUUUGCAGAAUAGAUAGAAAAAUGCAAUUUUUUCCACAUUCGACUUUCCCCUAGCAUGGACAAGAUUUUCAGUCAUCUUUGACAUUCCUAAGGAAAGUAUUUUCCUUGGCAGCAAAGUUCUGGUUUGCCGCUUUAACACGGGAUAGUCAGGAGGUCAGACCUCCUGACCCAAUUCUGAUUUGAAAGUACAGGGCAGUUUCCUCUCGUGCCUCUUCUGCAUUCCCACCAAUGGACGGUAGUGUUGAGAAGUAUUGUGUAGCCGUGCAAAGCUGGCUUAGCUGAAACUGUUAGCCUCGCUGCAUUUGCUGGAGUGGUCUAGCAGGCUGGAUCUAGCUCCUUGUGCUUCUCCACAGCACUUUGCCCCGUUGGCAGAGACCGGUCUGAAUCUGCACUCAGUGUUAUUCUCUGAUGCUGUUGCUUCUUGACAUUCCACUUUACCAGUUUCUUCAUUAGAUUAUUUGACAUGUAUUAUUUAAAUGAUCACUGAUACUUUGUGCAAUUAUGAAUGUUGAAGAUUAAAGAACGUAGUUACUAA